AUGAAGUGGUUUGGCAGAAUGUCCCUCAGCAGCAAAAGGAGUAAGAGGAGGAGCAGGUGGAGCGGCGGUCGCCCCGGCGGCGGCGCUAGCAGCAACGCCGCGCUGCUGGCCCUGGCUCUCGUGGUGGCGGUGACCCUCCUCGGCGACCCCGCGGCGGCUCAGAAGCAGCGGGGCGGCGGCGGCUCGGACAAAGUGCCGGUCCUGAACAUUGCGGUGCUCCUGGGCCGCACGCGCUACAUCUCUGAGCGGGACAUCCGGGCGCUGUGGAGCAAGGAGGACCCCAUCGACGUCAACGUGGUCACGCUGCUGGUGAACGAGACCGACCCCAAGAGCAUCAUCACGCACAUGUGCGACCUGAUGUCCGGCACCAAGAUCCACGGCGUGGUGUUCGGCGACGGCACCGACCAGGAGGCCAUCGCCCAGAUUUUGGAUUUUAUUUCCUCGCAGACGCUCAUCCCCAUCCUGGGCAUCCACGGAGGGUCGUCCAUGAUCAUGGCCGAUAAGGACGUGAAGUCGACCUUCUUCCAGUUCGGCGCCUCCAUCCAGCAGGAGGCGCUGCUGAUGCUGAACAUCAUGGAGGAGUACGACUGGCACAUCUUCUCCAUCGUCACGUCCAAGUUCCCCGGCUACCAGGAGUUCAUCAACGUCCUGAAAACCACGGUGGACAACAGCUUCGUGGGCUGGGACCUGCAGAACGUCAUCGUCCUGGACGCGGUGGAGGAGGACAGCCGCUCUCAGAUCAUGCUGAAGAAGGUCCAGUCGCCCGUGGUGCUGCUCUACUGCUCCAAAGACGAGGCGGUGGUCAUCCUGGAGGAGGCGCGCUCCCUCGGCCUCACCGGCUUCGGCUACAUCUGGAUUGUGCCGUCGCUCACCACGGGCAACCCGGACCUGACGCCCGAGGCCUUCCCGCCGGGCAUGAUCUCGGUGUCCUACGACGACUGGGACUACCCGCUGGAGGCGAGGGUCCGCGACGGCCUGGGCAUCAUCACGUCGGCGGCGGUGGCCAUGUUGGAGGAGUACGGCGUCAUCCCCGAGGCCAAGACGUCCUGCUACGGCCCGAUGGAGAAGACGUCCAAGCUGCCGCCCAGCGCGCUGCACAAGUUCAUGAUGAACGUGACGUGGGAUGGCAGGGACUUGUCCUUCACGGAGGACGGGUACCAGGAGUUCCCCAAGCUGGUGGUCAUCGUGCUCAACAAAGAGAGAGAGUGGGAGAAGGCCGAUGAUGUCAUCGCUCCUCUGCUGCUCACACACACACUGAGCCGCCGGUGUCUCCUCCGUUCCCAUAGCAACACGACCGAGGCUGGCGGGACGUACGUCAAGAAGUGCUGCAAAGGCUUCUGCAUCGACAUUCUGAAGAAGAUUGCUUUGUACGUGAAGUUCACCUACGACCUGUCCCUGGUGACCAAUGGCAAGCAUGGCAAGAAAAUCAACAACGUCUGGAAUGGGAUGGUGGGAGAAGUGGUCUAUAAGAAAGCUGUCAUGGCAAUCGGCUCUCUGACGAUUAAUGAGGAGCGUUCUGAGGUCAUUGAUUUCUCCGUCCCAUUCGUGGAAACCGGGAUCAGCGUCAUGGUCUCCCGUAGCAACGGGACGGUCUCCCCGGCAGCCUUUCUCGAGCCGUUCAGUGCAUCAGUGUGGGUGAUGAUGUUUGUGAUGCUCCUACUGGUGACUGCAAUGGCCGUCUUCAUGUUUGAGUACAUCAGUCCUCUGGGCUUCAACCGAAACCUGGCACAAGGACGAGACCCCCACGGCCCGUCCUUCACCAUGGCCAAGGCGGUGUGGCUGCUGUGGGGUCUGGUGUUCAACAACUCGGUGCCUGUGCAGAACCCCAAAGGAACCACCAGCAAGUUCAUCGUGUCCAUCUGGGCCUUCUUCGCCGUCAUCUUCCUCGCCUCCUACACCGCCAACCUGGCGGCCUUCAUGAUCCAGGAGGAGUUCGUGGACCAGGUCACCGGGCUCUCCGACAACAAGUUUCAGAACCCGUACGAGUACUCGCCGCCGUUCCGCUUCGGGACGGUUCCCAACGGAUCCACGGAGAGGAACAUCCGGAAGAACUACCCGGCUAUGCACCAGUACAUGGUAAAAUAUCACCAAACCGGAGUCCAGGACGCACUGGUCAGCCUCAAAACGGGGAAGCUGGACGCCUUCAUCUACGACGCCGCCGUCCUGAACUACGCGGCCGGCCGGGACGAGGGCUGUAAGCUGGUGACCAUCGGCAGCGGGUACAUCUUCGCCACCACCGGCUACGGCAUCGCCCUCCAGAAGGGAUCCUACUGGAAACGCGAGGUGGACCUGGCCAUCCUCGCCAUCAUCGGAGACGGUGAAAUGGAGGAGCUGGAGGCCCAGUGGCUGACGGGAAUCUGCCACCACGAGAAGAACGAGGUGAUGUCCAGCCAGCUGGACGUGGACAACAUGGCGGGCGUGUUCUACAUGCUGGCCACCGCCAUGGGCCUCUCCCUCAUCACCUUCGUGUCGGAGCACCUCUUCUACUGGAGGCUGAGAUACUGCUUCACCGGCGUCUGCACCGGCACGCCGGGCCUCCUGUUCGCCAUCAGUCGGGGGAUCUGGAGUUGCAUCCACGGCGUCCACAUUGACAUGAAGAAGAAGACCGAUCUGGACUUCAGUCCCCAGGACAAAAUGCUGAAGCUCAUCAAAUCCGCCAAACAGAUGACCAACAUGUCCAACCUGGGCGGCUCCCACAUGAACUCGCCCAAGCGGGAGUUCAUGCACUCGGCCGGUCCCAUGAUCAUGGACAUGAUGGCGGAGAAGGGCAACUUCAUCUACGCCGACAACCGGAGCUACGCGCCCAAAGACAUGAUCUACGGCGACACGGGGGACCUGCAGUCGUACCUGGCCAACCGCCACAAAGACCACCUGAACAACUACAUCUUCCAGGGAGGCCAGCACCCGCUGACCCUGAACGACGCCAACCCCAACAGCGUGGAGGUGGCGGUGAGCGCCGAGUCGGUCCAGACCAACGCCAAGCCGCCGCGCACCCUGUGGAAGAAGUCGGUGGACACCCUUCGCUCGGUGCCGCCGGGGCCGCCCCCCAUGCCCGACAUGCUGAUGCCGGACCCGCGCAUGUCGAUGAAGACGCAGCGCUACCUCCCCGAGGAGGCGGCCCACUCCGACAUCUCCGAGUGCUCCAGCAGGGCCGCCUCCUUCAAGGACCCGGAGAACAACAAGCACCUGAAGCCCCACGACAACCUCAAAAAGAGGUCGGUGCCGUCGAAAUACCCGCGGGACUGCAGCGAGGUGGAGCUGUCCUACUUGAAGACGAAGCAGGUCAUCGGUGGAACCAACCAAAGAGGAGGAGGAGGAGAGAAGAUCUACACCAUCGACUCGGAGCGAGAGCUCGGCCUGCACUCGGACACGGCUCACUACCGCGAGAGCCGCGGCCUCGCCGCCGACGACUUGGAUUACCCCGAGAUCUACUCCGACCACGGCGACAACUACAGGAAGUGCGAGCAGCCCAUCAUCCACCUCAACUCCUCCCCUUUGCACCACGCCGACUCGGAUCUCCUCCCGGACCCGGUGUACUCCAAACACUACGGCCCGAAGGAGAAGAACGCCGCCGUGUCCCCGCACGAAUCCAUCGACCGCUACAAGCAGACGCACUGCCGCUCCUGCUUGUCCAAAGUGCCGUCCGGCUACCCGGCGGGGGCGCCGUACGCUCCGGCCGCGCCCGCCUCCGCCACGCGCUCGCCCUACAACCGGUGCGAGGCGUGCCUCCACACGGCCAACCUGUAUGACAUUAGCGAGGACCAGCUGCUCGCCGACCCCUCGGUCAGUCCCACGAUGCCCCACCAGCAGCAGGAGCCGGACGAGAUGUUCGGGCUGUACUGGCCGCAGACGGACGGGCCGCACGUCCAGAAGCGGAACCGCUUGAGGCUGAGCCGCCAGCACUCCUUCGACAACAUCAUGCUGGAGAAGCCCAAGGACAACGGCGACCCGGGCCGGCCGGCGCGCAGCGUCAGCCUCAAGGAGAAGGAUCGCUUCCUGGACAACGCCGCCAACCUCUUCGGCGUGCGGCCCUACUCCGGCAGACUGUUCGGCACCGAGUCCAAAUCCAUGAUGUUCAACCACAGCCUGGAGGAGAGCAAGAGGAGCAAGUCCCUGUACCCGACCCAUGGCUCGGACAACCCUUUCCUCGGCCACUCGCUGAGGGACGACACCGGCGGCCGGCUGGGCCACGGCCGGAGCUCCUCCGAUAUUUACAAACAGCUGGCGGGGGCCUCGCCCGCCGUCGGGCCGCCGCCCAUCAAAACGCGCAACGACGCGAACAAUCUGCGCUCUUCCGUGAAAUCCACCGCUUCGUACUGCUCACGGGACGGCCGGAUAGCCAACGACAUGUACAAUAAAGAGCAUGUGAUGCCUUACUCAGCCGAUAAGACGAGCGCGUACCCGUCCCCACGCGGCGUCCUCAACUCCGCCCAGUUCAGCAAUAGACAGGUGUAUAAAAAGAUCCCCAGUCUGGAGUCAGAUGUUUAGUUGACGUAGGAAAUCAUGUGUUCUCUCCUCCUCACUGCUCUCUGGGUUUGUAUUAUAAUUUAUCAGCUAUGUUAUCCUGAAAAGGGGAUGCCAUAGCCACAUUUUUCUUCUUCUCUUUGACAUUGUAAUCCAAAAGAACUCGUGCCCACUCGGGUACGACAGUACUACUACUACUACUCUUUGCAGAUGACGUCACCCUUUCCCUCCCGCCGUGCACCGACGAGUCGUCUGCGUUGGCCGGGCACGCUGCCGUUAGGGUAUUCCGUUGUCACGGGAGACGGGGGGGGGGGGGAAUCGUUAACCCCGUAGGUUUGAACAAGGUUUAGGAAAAAUGGCGUUCGCGGGACAGAGAUUGGCCUCAGAUGCGGCGAAGGAGGGGUUUUUUUUUACGACAAGCGCUGUUGGGAAUGAGGCGGCGAGGUGUUGUACGAGAGGGGAGAUCAGAGGGGAAACCUCUCUUUCGACCCCUCCUCCACCUCCGCUGUCAAGCUAGCAGCUUGCUGGCGGAGGAGAAGAGGCCCGGCGAGAGAGAGAGAGAGAGAGACCAGAUGGAGGGGCCGAGGCGUCACGGCGAGCUCGUCCGACGGUCUGCUGCUUGUUACUCUCGACAAAUAUGGCCACCGGGAACACCUGGCAGUGCAGGAGGAGAGAGAAAGAGAGAGAGAGAGAGAGAGGGAGGAAGUAGGCUAAACGGAACAGAGCGGGAAACAUCCGGUAGCGCUUUUGGCGGCGAGUUAGCGGCGGUUUUUACAAAUACGUUGAGCCCACAUGCUAACGGGGUCACGCUUAGCGAUGGGAAGCUGAGAGUAACGUAGGUGCUAACAAUGAAUCAUGUUUACAGACUGACGGAUAAAAAAACUAAGAAGAAGACAAACUGACAAAAAUGACCGCUAAGAAAAGGUCGAAGGGCAUUUCAUUUACGGCUCUGCACAUAUAGAAAAAUAAUUGCGAAAGUAUUGCUUUUUUAAUCUAUUACACUAUAAGAUUUAUUAGGGAUUCUGGCAUCCGGAUCCCCCUAUGUAGGAUUUUAGAGUUUGCUUAUUUGGUAGCACAAUAGCCAUUAGUUUGAAGAAGAAAAAAAAGGAAAAAAACUCUCUCUCUCUCCCACAUUUGAUAGCUUUCUGAAAAAUACCAUCAAGAGUAGUAGAUUAUUUUGCAUGUGUUGAUUUGUUUCUGUGUCAGAGAAGACAAAAUACACACAAAAUACACUCUCAGACACAUAUUUUACAUGUUUUUAUUGAAAAGGGGGGCCGCGGUGGACGGAGACCCGUUGGCGUCGAGCUUUGUGCCGCGUGAACCAGCGUGAGACGUGCCAACAGAGCAAGAAAAUGGUGGAAGGGAAGAGGGAAAAAGAGGAUAAUAAAUAAUAAGGAAGAGAAAAGGAUGAAAUUCCAACUGGUUCCUCCACCACCUUGUCUGAGUUGGGGGGGGGGGGGUGAUGUGAAUUUCGUUUUUUUGACCUCCCCGCCACUGAAAACAGGGUAUUAGCUAUAAAAAAAGAAAGACUGAUGAUGAUGCCGUCCUUCUUUCAAACUUCCUACUUCAUUUACUCUAUCGACACGUCGGACAACUAGAAGUACUUCAGUUUAUUCAUGUUGUUCUUUUUUUUUCUCGUAAAAGUGUAACUUCAGCAUCGAACCGCUGCAGACCGGAACCUGAAGACUCCUCGAGACGGAUCCCCUUGUUUUCCGUCUUGGCGUCGUCGUGGUGGUCGGGGAGGGGUGGAGCCACAGAGGCCCCGCCCCCUCCCUCCUCCCUCCCCCCUGUUGUGCGCUCAUCAUGUGUUUGUCUCAGUGUGGAGGACGUUGUGCGACGGCAUUGCUGAACUCGGGGAAAGCUCAAAAGUCUAAACCAAAACAUUCGGUUCCUAAACUUGUUUAUGCAUUUGUUUGUUUGUUUGUUCUUUUUUUAAAUAUAUUAGCAGAAAAGACUUGCACAUGCACAUUCUUCCAUGUACACGCGUGCCCAGCAUUAUGCUGUACACACAAAAAACUAAUCAUGUAACCAUCUUAUUAACCAACUGAUUGAUUAUUUUGUGGCUUGAUUGGAUUAAAAAAGCCAAAUUGUAUCAAAUAAAAUACCUCAGGAUGAUUCUUUGCAUUUUGGGGGCGGAGCUUGAGGCGUAAAGCAACGAGAACCGGGAUGCGGUUUUUUUCGUAGGAAAAAAAAAACUAUAAAAGAAAAAAACGAGGAAAAAGAUAGACAACAACAACAACAACAAGCAGCGUGAUUUAUACAGCGGGCCGACUCGAUGUUUACCAGUCCUAGGUCUUCCAGUUUUUCGGCUCUUUGCCCACGAGCUCAUGCAACACGAGUAAAGGGAGGAGAGGAACAGAGCAAGAGAAGGAGGCGUGGCUUAGAUGGGUUUUGCUCAGCGAAUGGAGGAUGUUACUUGAACGUCCACACAUUCUGCCUCUCUCUCUCUGCCUUUCUCUCUCUCUCUCUCUAUCUCUCUAUCUCUCUCUCUUUUCUCUGCGUGGUUUUUAAAGCCAGUGUUUCAUCUUUAACCGCCACGCUCAUGUCGCCCUUUUUGUACUCUUGGAAUACGUCGGUGAGCCGCUCCUUGCCACCCAAUCAGCUUCCCCCGAUGUUGCGCAACAUUUUUUAUUAAUUUUUUUGCAUCUUAUCUGCAUACUUGUUAUUAUUAUUAUUAUUAUUAUCAUAUGUAUCUCCACAUGCUGCGUGAGUGAGCUGACAAGUGAACAAUAUGCACAUGUAAAAAAAUAAUUCAGAUGGCACCCCUCGCAUUUUAUGAGCUCAUGACGACUUGUUUCUAUUUUGUUCUACUUUUACAGAACUGUCAUAUAAACUGAUGCUGCUUUAUGUUCAAACACACACACACACACUCUCUCUCAGACGCACCCUUGUGAUGACAACCCUGCUCUUUUUAAAAUGACAAAAAAAUGUAUUUUAAUUACAUUUAAUGAUAAAUAAUGAGGUGAUGGCAUGCAACCCCAGAUGUAAAGGAUUUUAAUGUUUUGUGUUACAUUUUGUUUUGUUUUUGGGUUUGUUAUUUUUGUUAUGAUGUUAUGAUCACUAAUGCGUUGUAACCAGGUGUGAGUAUAUACAUAUAUGAGAGAUUUAAAAAAUGAAGAAGAACAAAACGAUGAAGAUGCUGCUGCUGUUUUUUGGGGGGAGAAGGCGAGGAACCUGAGCCCCCCCCCCUCCCCCCCUUUCAGUGCUAAUGGUAAUUAUCAGGCCCAAAGCGGGGUCAGGGGUCAGGAGGCGGGACAUCCUUGCUCUUCCUCCAAUGGCAGGUGAGCGUUACUGUAUCGCCGGCUCCGUCUUCCCUCUUCUUCACGCGUUGUCGUGGACUUCUUCGACCGUAAAGAUGAAAGAACACAAAGCAGCCCCCCCCCCCUCUACUCCGAGCCCCCUCCAAAGAGACGAGACCUCCGUUCCUUAUGCUUUUGCUGUAAGAAUAGAGAGCUUUUUUUUUCUUUUCUUUAGAAAAAAAACAACUAAAUACUUCCCCAAAGACUUUUAAGGAACUAUUUUGAAAUAUAUUUAGAAAUGAACACCUGUAUACAUCGCUUGUAAAUUCAUACUGGAAUACGUCAUCAAUCAUGGAGAAUUAUAAAUGAUAAAGAGUAAAAACAAAUAUUUUUUGUGUGAAUUUCACGGGAGCUCUUCUGUACAGUGGCACUGUCUCUCUCUCUCUCUUGUUCUCUCUCUUUCUGUCUCUCUCACUGUAGAGCGACUAGAAUAAAACUUCACCAUUCACAAGG